AUGAAGACCACACUUAUUCUCGUUCUCUUUGCCAUCUUUGCCAUUGCCUUUGGUGCACCCUGCCAUCACAAGGACAAGAAACCCAACCAUGGUCACCAUGAUCAUCCACCCCACCAUGGCGGUGAUGAACCUGCUCCUCGUAAGGGUGGUGAUAUCACUCAAGUCCAAUCUGCUGGUGCUCCUGGCAACAACAACUCGGGUAUCGGUGGCCUGCUUGGUCUCUCUGCUCUUAAUGGUGACAUUAAUAUCCUUGGCAAACAAGUGAAGUCUUCGAGCACAACCAUGACUCAGAACGCAAAUGCUUAA